GGCAUGCAGUUGAUUACUGGAGGUGUGGACGUCUUGGAGCAAAUAGGACGAAAGACCUUCACAGCACUGAAAGAGAACGAUCCCGGCCUGGUCUACACAAAGCGCUUCCUUCAACCGGUCGAUUCCAGCGGCAGCAGUGGUGCCAAACUCUCACAGAUGCUUCGCGAUGUCAGCGACCAGCAGCAGCAGCACACACUAGAUCCGGCUUCAGUGGUGGCGCGAAGGGGGGAUUUAGCCUUUCAGUUGGAGUCGCGGUUGGCUUUGGUCCACAUGGAAGCCCUGGAGUUGCUGAGUUCACGCGCCUCUGCUCGUCUCACCACCAAAUUGGCUCGAUUGGAGUCAUCGACCCAAGAUGACAUCGAUAUCAGCAGUAGCCUCAUUUCUGAGGGUGGCGUUCUCGAGCACAUUUGGGAGACUCUUCAGAUGAAGAAGGACGAUUCUGAGGUUCUGGAACAGGACUCUGAAUCUGCACAUCCUGUUGUCUCACUUUCUGAUGCUGUGACGGGGCUUGAACAAAUAGUUCCUGGAAAUGUUCUCCUUAAAGUCUCCGAUGAAUUGGCGAAUAGGAGCAAGGAAUUGGAGCCUGAUUUGCCGAUGAAAGAGAUAUUCUACCGAUCGAUUGAGGCAUUGGCCGAGCUCACAUCGGCAGUACUGGCUUACCUCCACAAGUUGGCCGAAUGUCUCAUCCUCAUCGGACACCAACAGCAGCAUCGCGAUCAACUCAACGGUGGCUUCUUGAGCAUCGCUGAGAAAGUGGCCAGCUUAAUCGCCUCGGCGAAAAGGCAGAAUGAGGUGCUGUGCUCAAUCUACGUGAAACAUCUCAAAGAGGCUCUAGCAAAUAACGGGAGGAAGGAAGAAGAUGGGGAAGGCGAGGAUGCGCUGGUGUCGGGCCGUCGACUAGUGGCAAACCUUUUUCUCGAUACAGGCAUGGCCAACGGUUACCUUGACGAUGCUGCCACCAAUCAUCUCGUGCCAGUUCUUCAAGUUGCUUGUCUGGACGCCUUCAUCCAUGAGACCUCACCGACCAGAGAAACUGGACGGCCCACAAAAUCCAAGCUCCGCUGA